UGCUCCAGGGGCACAAUUCCCUAGCGCCACCAUGAAGGAGGCUGUGGUGUGCAAAGUCUGUGCCAAGCGGCAAGCCAAGAUGCCAUCCAGCUGGGUAUUGGACGAUUGCUGCUUCUACUGCCCAGAUUGUUGGGAGGCCUUUGCUUGCCAUCUAUGUGGUCAUCACGAUCCCAAGGGCAGCGACUUUAAAGGCACCUGGAACUGUCGAUCCUGUCGCCACAAGAGGCUUGUGAAGGAGAAAGCAGGACCUUCUCCGGAUGCCCUGCAACAGCUGAUCAUCGAAGAGAGCGAAGAAGUUUGUGACUCCAUCAAGAUCAACGAUGCCGCAAAGUCUGGAGCAGUAAACCUGCUAGGCACUUUGGGCGACACCGACAGUGAAGAGGAAGACGUGGUUUGUGAACUGCCUGCGCAGAUGAAGGGACGCAAGCGAGUAGAGCCUUCCAAGAAAGUGCGUCAUGUGAUCUUGCUGGUGGAUGCUUCUGGCAGUAUGCGCACUCCAGACGUGGAUUUGGAUCUAGAGACCCGCAAGGAGCUCGGCAUCAAUGGCCAAGUGAGCCGAAUCGAAGCGGCCGAGCUUUGCUCUACCAAGUUUGCCAGGGAACACGCACGGGCACGGCCACAGGAUGUCUUUUCCGUGGUGACUUUUCACGAAUUCGCCAGUGUGGUUUGUUGCAAAGCCUCUUCUUCAGAAAUGGCUACACUGGCCUUUGAAGACCGAGCUGCCAAUGGCACCUUCUACUUGCAGGCCUUGAUUUCAGCUGCGAGGCUGUUGCUGCAAGCUUCUCCCGAGCUACAAGGUGAAGUCGUGUUGCUUUCCGACGGUCGGCCUGCAGAUACUAAACAGGCACUCACCUACUUCCAAGAGCAAUUUCUGCGCGGCCCACUGGCUGGGACCCAACUGCAUGGCAUUGGCUUUGGCAGCAGAGUCGAGAGCUUUGCAGCUCUGCAGCAACUCGCAUGCCUCACAGGAGGGACCUUUGCCCUCUCAGGCAGUACGGUGCGUGGACUUUGCGACGCAUUUUCUUCCGUUUCCUCAACCAUUACUGCUGGGAGCAACAAGUGGAUCCUGGCAGAUGGAGCUGAGGUGAACUCUUCGCCCCAGCUGCGCGUGGUGGACUUUGAACUCCCCGAGGUUGGCAUAUUUGGCAAAAAACAUGUGCUCCGUUUCCGCGCAGUUCGUAGCUCAUUCAGUUUUGAUGGGCAAGCUUUCCACAAGCAAGACUUUGCAGCAGGGCAUGUGGUGCGGCGUCGUUUGCCAUACAUGCGUGGUGGCAUGCGGCUCGUGUACGGUUUUCAGGACGAGCAAGUCUCAAAGAACGGACACUGGAUGGUUGCGAAAUGCUCUCGCUACCUGAGUGGAGCACUAAACUCGCCUGUUGCCGUAGAAGCACAUGCCAAGUCAACUGCCGUUGCCAGACAUUUUGCUUCUCGCUUCAAUUCACGUUUGCGUGCUCUAUGUGCAGAACCAGCUUCAUUGCUUUUUGUACCAUGCUUCGUCUAUGAAGUGGAAGGCCAUGCCCCAGAGAACGAACCAACUUGCUUUGCUGCUGAGCGCUAUUUGCCGGGGGUUUUCCUAAAGUACAACUCCAAUAGCGGCUAUGUUGCAGAUGCACUGCUUCCUCACAAUGACAUGGUUCAGGCAUUUUUGCAUUUCAGCUUUGAGGAGUCUGGUGGAAAGUUCAUAGUUGCUGAUCUGCAGGGCGUGGCGCGUGACAAGGAGGUCCUCCUCACUGAUCCUCAGGUUUUGUCCCUGACGCGUGAGUAUGGCCCUGGCGACCUGGGAGCCACCGGAUACAUCCGCUGCCUGAAGGCUCAUCGCUGUGGGCGAAGCUGCCAACAACUACAGUUGACACCCAUCAGCUCAUCCAGGGUGAAGCGAAUUGAAAGUUCGGCGAGUGCCACCAGUGGAACCAGUGGCUGGCAACAUGUUCAUUCAGCGCACAGCUUUGGCGACUGGGAACGAAUUAGCGAGCGUGCUGCGGCUGAGUAUGCAAUGAGCGAAGGUACAGCCUCGUCAGUGUCUUCUUGGAUUGACAUCGACAAGCAAAACAAGAUAAACAAGCUUAGCUGACUCCAGAGCUCUGCCGAGCUGGAACGGAGGGCUUCAUGUACAGCAGAAAUGAAGCAUGCAAAGCGG